AUGUAUGUAUGGAAAAUACCAGAAUUUGAAGUGAUUAAUGAAUUUCAAGAUGAAACUGAAAAAGUUUGCAUGUCAGCUGAAAUUCAUGAAGGAUUGCCUAAAUACUUUACUCAGCAGAUGAGAAAAAAUGUUCUUAAUAAGUAUUCUUUAAUAAAAACAGUCACUCCUGCUGUAUUACGAAUGUUAUAUUUUGACCUUACUGGUGAUGCAGCUACUACAUUAAAUGCUAUUAACCUAAAUAGUGGAUUUAAGGGAACAAAAUUUAAUCCAUUUUGGGAAGAAUUAAAUCUAUAUUUUAAUGAGGAAACACCUGCUGUAGAUGAUCGAUGGCAUAAUACAAUUAUGCAUAUGCCUUUGGCAAUUUCUAUACAUGAUCUUUAUAAUAUAAUUUUAGCAAGACUACAUAUUAAGUCUCUUCCAGAAGUAAAUAGCAAAUAUCUUUACCACUGGGAUGUCUCUUUAUGA